AUGACGUAUCUGAAUCGCGGUCAAGCGUAUGCUAUUGAUGUGGCCGAUAAACACAGUCGUAAUGAAAUCAUCACCAGCACUCUCAUCCUUACUUUUCAUGACGCCUCGCAUCGCAAACUUGCGAAUAAUUAUUGGACAUUCUGGAUGACCCAGCAAAAAAACGCCAACCGAGCAAGGGCACUAAUGCUUUCCAAUUUCGAUCGCAUCACCUUUGAUUGGAACGGUAGUCAAGGGGCCAAGAUUUACAUUCAAUUCCACUGCUUAUCUACCGACUUUUCAAGAAUCAAAGGCGUCAAGGGGAUCCCACUCCGGGGCCUCGUUUACAUCGAACGAUGCUUUUGCAAAAUUAAAUUAUUCCGCGACAAGGGUGCUGAACGGAAAAACAAGGACGACGCCAAGCAGAUCAACAAGCAAUUUGAAAAACUCAACAACGGUAAUCAGCGAUAUCAUCCCAAAUGGAUCGUUUAUCGCAAACCUCAACCUUACAGUGUAUUCAGCGAACUACCUCAAUGGGCCAGCAGUGAUCUGGAAACCGUGCCAUUGCAACUUCCGUCGGCAUCGUCUGCGGUGCCUCUUACCAACUAUCCUCCGCGAGCGCACCAACGCGUCAUGACAGCGCCUACCAUGAGCCAUGGUUUACCGUCCUCGUCCGACAUGUCUUUGUUAUCGACCAUCCCAUCCGUUCCACCUUACACCGAGCUCGGUUCCACAUUGACAAUGACCGCUCUUCCCAACUUUAUGGCCGCCAAAUCUACCAUUGGCCCUACCGAAACUCAGUGGAUGACUACCGAUCGAACUCCGGUAUUAGAUGCGAACCCACAAUGGCCGAUUUCACCGCCCCUGGCCACCGGAAUGAAGCGAUCACGAACACAAUAUGAGGAAAAUUCAGCCAUGACUACCAAAGAUCCUUCUCCAUCUACCACCGGUCCUUUACCAACCACUCAUUCUAUCGGUACAUUUCAACGAUUCACAUGA